AUGGCCACUGUUGCUGAGUCAACAUCAUCAGUUUCGGCCAAGUCAGCGGAUAAAACAUGGGCAAAGCCAUCCAAUUUGGAGAACGAGCCAAGGGCAUUCAAGGCUCCGUCGAAGUACAGAUCUUCACUGUUGAACGGUGUAUCCAAAGAAGGUCCCCCAAGUUUGAGCUCCAAGAAGUUCAAACUGAGAUAUAACUCGCCAUCUGGGCUACAAGAUGCGUUUGACGUUUCGUAUGCCUACCUGAGGGACAAGUCGCAGGAGUUGUAUAACAAGAUUGAAUCCUCCAAUGAGAACAAGACACAAUUGGAGAUUGAAGCCCAGAUUAACAACCCAGAAGUUAGAUUCAACUUUGCCUACAACGACAAGCUGGAGAACGACCCACAAUAUAUUGACUAUGAACAACCUGUGUAUCGUGAAUUGCUGAAACAAGACUGGGAAUCGAAGGAUCAGAUGUUGUUGAUGCAGAGAUUGGAACAACUCCACGCCAUACCGGACACUUUGCCAACUUUUGAGCCAAAGGUUCCUGUUUCUCUGAAAUUUUUGAACCAUACAACUGUCAAUCGUUGGAUUGAACCAGGUACCGUUCUGUCAUCGAAUGUGACUGCGUACCCACCUUCUAUAAAGAUUCAAGAGUUGGAACAAGUUGACACCAAGACCCAACUGUACACUGUGCUGAUUGUGAACCCUGACGUUGCUGAUAUCGCAAACAACACGUACAAGACACAAAUCUCAUGGGGGUUGUCAAACGUGAAGCUGGAAUAUAACGACAACUUCAUCACUCCGAGACGUUUGCUUGAAGAUGACGGUUCCAUUAACGAACUCAUUGACUACUUACCACCUGUUCCUGAGAAGAACCUGCCAACACAGAGAUUCGUUGUGUGGGUCUUUAGACAACCUGCACCAAUCAACGUCAAAUUGACUGAACGUGACUUCAACAUUAGGGAAUUCGUCAAGGUGAACUCGUUGAAUGCUGUUGGUGCGCACAUGUGGAGAUCAACAUGGGAUCUGAAUGUUUCGAAAGUACGUGAGCUAUACGGGCUACCAAAGGGUACCGUCUUCCACAAAGUGAGAGGUGAGAAAAGAAUGAAGUAA